AGGAGCGAGAACGAGACCAAACCGAGCCACUGGUAAGAGUGGCGAAGGAGGAUUUAAUUUCCGUUGAAAAAAAAAAAAAUCAAUGAACUAGUUGAAGCUUUAUCAGUGCGAUUCAUUGUUCGUGAAAAUUCCCAAAAGGGCUUUUUCUUCCAUCUUUAAUUCUUGAAAAAGCCCUAAAAAAGAAAAAAAAAAAACCCAUGGAAUUCACGGAGGAGCAGCGGAAACGAGCCGAAGCAAAUCGCCUCGCAGCCCUCGCAAAGCGCAAGGCACUCCUCGAAUCCUCCAGUCAACAACAACACAACCAUCACAGCGACCACUGGAAGCUCUUCAAAUGCCCCAAGGUCUCUCGCGAACUCUCCCCCACUGCAACCGGUCUUUCUUUCUCCAGUCAACUACCCAAAACCGACAUGAAAAACCUGGAUUCGUACACCCAUUUGCCUAAAAGUUUCCGGGUCAGGCUUGAAAUCUGCUCCCCAGAUUCUUUCUCGGUUACCCCUUUGGCCCUGCGGGGUUCUUCCUAUCCGGGCGAGGAAGAGUGCUUGAGGAGACUAAGCGAUUGCUUGUCCAAUGUUAUGCCAUCACACUACACACAGAAUCAUGGUGGUGGAAAGGCUUGUGUUUAUAAGCUGAGUGAUUAUGGCAUGGUUUUGAAGUGUUUAAAGAGCAACAAGAAUGUUGCUGUUGAAGAGAUACCUUGGACAACUUUUAAUGUUAUUGAAAAAUUUUCACAUUCUUUUGUUGCGGGGAGAUGGAUUCCAUGCAAGCAAGAACACUUGUCUGAUGAUAAGGUUGAUGAGUUGAUUGGUAAGCUACCAAAGACGCUAUUGGAUGCACUCUUGCCUUUCCAACUUGACGGUGUUAAAUUUUGUUUGCGAAGGGGUGGUCGAUGUCUUAUUGCAGAUGAAAUGGGCCUUGGGAAGACACUCCAGGCUAUCGCAAUUGCUUGCUGUUUCAUGAGUGAAGGUUCUAUACUUGUUGUUUGUCCAGCUAUUUUGCGCUUUUCCUGGGCAGAAGAAUUGGAGCGUUGGGUUCCUUUUUGUUUGCCUGCAGAUAUCCAUCUUGUUUUUGGCCACCAAAAUAAUCCAGCCAAUUUGAGGAGGUUCCCUAGAGUUGUUGUUAUUUCUUAUACAAUGCUUCACCGUUUGCGGAAGAGCAUGCUUGAGCAAGAAUGGGCUCUUUUAAUAGUUGAUGAAUCUCAUCAUGUACGGUGCACAAAGAAAGCAUCAGAGCCUGGAGAGAUAAAAGCUGUUCUUGAUAUUGCAUCCAAGGUUAAGCGCAUAGUUCUACUGUCAGGGACACCUUCUUUGUCAAGGCCAUUUGACAUUUUUCAUCAGAUAAAUAUGCUAUGGCCUGGUUUAUUGGGAGAGACCAAGUAUGACUUCGGAAAAACUUACUGUGAUGUUAAAUUUGCCCAUGGUGUUCAAGGAAAAAUUUUCAAGGAUUUCUCAAGGGGCACUCGUUUGGAGGAGUUGAAUGUGUUGCUGAGGCAAACUGUUAUGAUAAGACGCUUGAAGGAGCAUGUCUUAGUUCAGUUGCCACCCAAACGCCGGCAGAUUGUACAACUUUUAUUGAAGAGAUCAGAUAUAGUUUCAGCGAAGGCAGCUAUUGGGGUGGUGAAUGGUGAUGCUUCUUUCAGAAGUGUCCUUGAAGAUGAUACAGACAAUUUAGAUGUGUCUGAUGAUGGUGAGGGUUGCUGCAGAGUGGGGGAGCUUUCUAACCAAGAGCUUGGUAUUGCAAAGCUAUCUGGAUUUUGUGAAUGGCUGUCCAUCCAUUCACUCAUUGCAGACUCAGAUUCUAAUUCUAAUAAAAUGAUAAUUUUUGCACAUCACCAUAAAGUACUUGAUGGGGUGCAGGAGUUCAUAUGCGAGAAAGGGAUUGGUUUUGUCCGCAUUGAUGGGAACACACUUGCUAGAGAUAGACAGUCAGCUGUUCUGUCUUUUCAAUCUUUGACUAAGGUUAAGGUUGCAAUAAUUGGUAUUACUGCUGGUGGUGUUGGACUUGAUUUCUCAUCGGCACAACAUGUUGUUUUCUUGGAGCUUCCUCAGUCCCCAUCAUUGAUGCUUCAGGCUGAGGAUAGAGCUCACAGGCGAGGGCAAAAAAAUGCAGUCAAUAUUUAUGUUUUCUGUGCAAAGGAUACCAUGGAUGAUUCCCACUGGCAAAAUCUGAACAAAAGUUUACGACGUGUUUCAUCUGCAACAAAUGGAAAAUAUGAUGCAAUACAAGAGAUAGAGGUUGAAGGUGUUUCUUUUCUAGAAACAUUUGACAGAGUAGAUAGCUGUGAAGAUUCUAUGUUGGAAAAUACACAGUGUGUUGAGCUUUCUGCUCAGCCACAGAGUUUUGAAAACUCUUGUUUAUUGAAGGAUACCGAGUCUUCUGGGGCAUGUCAUGAGUUGGAAAAAACAGUGCAUAGAUCUGGAGAAGAUAGUAGCAGAGAUGAUUGUUCAACCCAAACAGAAAAUUGCCUUAAUGAGGAGCUCGUGCUUUCUGGUGCUGAAGCUGACAAGGAUUUAGUUUCAGAAGGAAACUUUGUGGGAGAUUCUUCUGAAAUUAAAUUUAGGGAAGCUGGUGGAGUUAAUUCUCCCAAGUCGGAUAAGGGCUGUGAAGAUGAUAAUGAACUUGAAAAGGGAAAUUUAUUCUACCCUCAAACAGAGGAAAUACAGGAUGCUGGAGUUCAGAGAAGUGAAGCUGAUGAAUGUUACUCCAGUCAAGUAGAUUCUUUGCGAUUUGAGGUGAGCCAAUAUACUGGUAGGAUCCACUUGUAUUCCUGCAUUUCAGGAACAGAUUCAAGGCCAAGGCCACUUUUUCAGAAUUUUCGGCCAGAGGAAGUUGAGCCUCCAAAUUCUCCUUUUGAUGACAAUAGGGAAAGUACAGCUUCACACUCUGUGAAGGAUAAUCCAGUUUAUGGGCAUGCUGUUCUGGCAUUCAUCAAAGAUUGGAAUAAACUAAGGCCUGUUGAGCGGAAAAAAUUAAUUGGAAAGCCAUUGCAACUUCCUUUGGACAUUGAGUUGUGCUAUUUGAACGAAGACAUAAACCACAAUAAAGGGGGACUGCUAAAAGGUGGAAGCAUGAGACGCUCUACACCAAUCAUUGAGAUCAGCAAACCUUUACCCUCCAAUGCUGUGUGGAAAAAAGUCCAUCUCCGUACUGGCUGUGGCAAAAAGGAGAAGGAAUACACUCAGGGUUGGAACUUGACUGAUGAACCACUCUGUAAACUUUGUCAAGAUCCAUGCACGAGCAACAAUGCCUUAACACCUGAAUUUUUUGAGGAUCUUUUCUGUAAUCUUGGCUGCUAUGAGGAAUACCGGAUAAGAACAAGUAGUAGAUCCCUUCGUCAGGAACUUUUUCACCUGGAAAAUGGUGUCUGUACAAAUUGCCAAUUAGACUGUCAUAAGCUUGUGGAGUACAUAAGGCCUCUGUCAUUGGCGAAACGGAGAGAGUAUAUUGAGAAACUUGCACCAAGAGUAGCAGAAAAGAAGAAGUUGCUUGAUAAGCUUGUUAAGGAUCCAACAGAGGGCAAUGCAUGGCAUGCGGACCACAUAAUUCCUGUCUACAAAGGUGGAGGUGAGUGCAGGCUAGAGAACAUGAGAACUCUUUGUGUGGCCUGCCAUUCUGAUGUUACCAAGGCACAAUGUGAUGAACGACGCUUAAGAAGGAUAGAGGCUAAGAAACAACUGAAAGCAGUCAUGAGUGACGUCAAAAAUGUUAACAAGGUGAACCAGAUAGACAGUAAUAUGCAGACAGACAGUAAUAUGAAGUCACAGGACAACAGGUAUUUGGAAAUGCAAGCAAAUGAGGCCGAGGAUGAUCACGAGCAUGACCUUUUAGUCAAGGUUCCAGGAAGUGCCUACUCUUCUGGAAAUGACAUAGGUGCCAGAAGUGAAGCCAUGGAAGAGUCCUCUGAUUCCAAGAAAAUUCCUAAUUUAGAGGUAUCUUCAGACGGUCAAUGACUCGUCUUCUUUUGUACAUCCUAGCUGUCCCUUGGGUUUUUGUAACAACAAAGUUCCAGUUAAAUCUCAAGGAUAUUUUAGUUCUCAUCUCUGCAGUGCCUCCUCUGAAGAACAGACCAAAACAUACUGUAAUUUUAGUUUGAAAGAACAGAUCCUACAUUGUUUUAGUAUCUGUAGGCAUGCUCCAUGAGAGGAGUGAUAUACAUUACGUAACAAUACCCUUGCUGUAAUGCCAUUGUAAAUGUAAAUUAUUGGAAUUGACAAGUAGAACUGAAUAUACUUAAAAAAAGUUCAAUGGAGAAAGAGAAAACGGCCAAGCAUUUUUGUCGAGACA